UUCGAAUCUCGAUUUCCCUGCACGACAGCAUCCUAGACUAGGGUUUGGUGGAGGCUGGGGAGAGAACAGCCAUUUUCAUCUCUUUGAUCUGCAGACGACACUACUACUCUGUACGUACUUGACCUCAGAGCAACUACGCUCUCUUUCCUUACAAGGCGGGGUUCAUUAUUUUAAUUUACGUUGUAUUCUACUGUUGUCGAGACGCCAGUGUUUUGCUUGCUGCGCCCUGAUUGUGUAUCCUCCUAAUUAGGAAUUGAUGCUGUUACGUUCAGUCCCCGAACCCAAUGGAUGACAUCAGAGGUCCUGUAGUGGGCCAGCAGCAUGGCGUGUACCCGGAAGGCCGUCAGCAACAGCACCAGCAGCAACAGCAGCAACAGCCGGCUGCGAGUGUCGAUGGUGUCCAACCGUUAGGUUGGCAGAGCAGUGAGCUAGGGUUGCUGCAGCAGCAGCAGGCUCGCAUGCACCAGCAACUCCUGAUUCAGCACCAGCAGCAGUGGUGGCAGCAGCGACAGCAGCAGCACUACUUAUUGCAGCAACAGUCUCUGCAGUGCGAACAACAGGAGUUUCAGCUUUUGCAGCUGAGGUCGCAACUGUGGCAGCAGCAGCACCAGCAGCAGCAGCAGUCACAGCAGCAGCAGCCGCAGCAACCACAGCUGCAGCAGCCGCAGCCGCAGCCGCUGCAACAGCAACUACAGUCACACCAACAGCAUCAGCGAGAGCAGCCGCAGCAGAAGCACCAACAGCGGCAGCAGCCACUGCUGCUGCAGCAGCAGCAACAAGAGCAGCAGAAGCAGCAAGAACAGCAACAGGCAUGGCGAUGGCAGCAGCAGCAGCAGCAACAGCAAGAGCAGCAGCGUGUGGAGUAUAAGCAGUUUCAGGAGCAGCAGUGGCAGCAGCUGGCUCAGCUGCAUGAACGGCAGCAGAAGGAGCUCUUGCAGCACCAGCAGCAACACACGCAGCUGCUCCAGCACCGCCAGCAGCAACAACAGCAUCAGCAGCAACAUCAGCAACAUCAGCGGGAGCAGCAGCAGCAACAGCAGCAGCAGCAGCAUCAACCGCAGCAGCAACAGCAGCAGCAGCAAACCGUAUCGGAACGUGCAGUUGUGGACGGCACUGGCGCGUCACCCUCUUCUCAUUUGGCGCUCCAGGCGUCCAGCCAUACCCAGCAGCAUCAGCAGCAACCGCAGCAGCAGCAGCCGCGCGCAGAGGAGACAGCGGAGGCACAGCACGCGCACCUCUCUCCGCGCUCCCCGUUUCUUCCUUCCGCGACCACCCCCGCCGUCGCUCAUCGUCCUCAUCGUGUGUGCGACGCCUGUUCCUGCCAGCCCGCCGUGCUCUACUGCGCCGCCGACGACGCGUACGUGUGCGAGGCGUGCGACGUCUUCGUCCACUCCGCCAACCCCCUCUCUCAGCGCCACGAGCGCGUGCGCCUGGGCCCCAACGGCGCGCCGCUCAAGAUUGACCGCAGAAGCGGGGGGGUGCCUACCGAUGCGGCCGCCAUUCUUUCGCGCCCCCCUGCUGGAAGGCGCGGAGAGUUGGCGCAGAGCCUGCUUCCGCCCGCAGACGAGUCUCGGGUGCGGGGCGGGGCGGCGGCGUGCAGUGACGCGGAGGAGGGCUUGGCGGGAAGCGUGGCGGGGCCGGCGGCGGGCGCGAAUGGCGCGGAGAGCUCGCUGAGCGGGCUGCCGUCCAGCAUGUCCGGCACCAGCUCCUCCUCGCACCCCCCCGCCCCCCGCCGCCCCGCUCACGCCCACUAUCCGCCCGACACCAAAGGCGCAGCCCACGGCGGGGUGGCUGGCGGGGGCGCGGGUGACGCGGGGAGGGGAGCUGGUAGAAGGGGGAAAGCGGCGGAUGGGACGGACGUCGCAGGGGCGAGCACGGUGAUGCCGCAAGGGGCGAGUGCAGGCGGGGCUAUGGGCGGUAGCUUGGGAAUGAGCAGGAUGAUACGGGAGGGUGCUGCGGCCAUGCAUGCGCCACAGGAUCAUCACCCGCAGCAUCAGCAGCAUCAGCAGCAGCAGCAGCAGCAGUCAACUUCACAAACCCGAGAAGCCGCGGCACAUGCGCAGGAGACAGGGGCCUCAUGGUCGCUUGCUGCCUCUCCACGGCUCACAGCCUCCCUGCACCCUGCCUUGCCCUGGUCCAACGCAGCAGCAGGCGCGCCACAUCCCCCCCUCACUCCGCCCAUGGGGCCGUUCGCCAAGGUGCCUCUGGUGCGCGCACCUGCGAGCCCGUUCACCCCUCCCAGCGCCUACGCGGGCUGCCUGCUAUCGCUGCCCAGCGCGGCGGACGUGAAGGCGCACGUGGCUGCGCAUGUGCCGCCACCCCGCCCCUCGCCCCCCGCUCAGGCCGCCACUUCGGCUGCCGCACCGGCAUCCAGUGCUGCUGCGACCGCUGGUGCGGCGGGCGGCGGGAGGGGCGUGGGGAUGCAUGAGGGGCGAGACAGGUCGAGGGGGGACGCGCGGGCAGAGAGGGAGGCGACUGGCGGAGAGGAGAAACAGGGGCGCGGAAAGGGAGAGGAGAGGCGGAAAGGCGUGGAAGCAGCAGCGGGGUGGAUGGACGAGCGGGUGGUGCAGGUGUGCGGGGAGGAGGAGGCAGGGGAGGCGGAGCGAGCGGGCAGGCGUGGCGGCUUUGAGGAGUUCGAUGACAUUAUGGGGGGCAUGGCGUUGGGCGCAGAGCCGUGCGGCGGCAUGGGCGGCGUGGGGCGGGUGGGCGCGCUGGACGACAUCGACGAGGACGACCAGUUCGCGCGCGACCUCGCGCUCUGCAUGACGCCACGCGCCCCCGCGCCACGCGCUGCCACGCCGCCCAUCGCCUGCAACCCCUCCCGCGCUCUCCGCACGAGCCCACAGCUCGCGGCUGCUGCAGAGCAGGCGAAAGCCAGGCAUGCCGACUACUGCACCCCGCCACCCGCAGCAUCAGGUGCUGCUUCCCCAUGCGCCAUGUCCGCAACGGGGCCAGUGACGGCCGCGGCGCUGCAGCCCGCGCCAGGCCCCCAUGCCCCCCGCACCCACGGGCUGCCCCUGGAUGGGCUCAGGCUGCCCGCCCGCCCCGCCAAGCGACAGCACCUUGUGGCACUGGGGCUCGAGGCGGGGGCAGGAGAUGCACACGAAGGGGAGGCAGCGGGGAGUGCAGUUGGGGGCAAGGGCAAGGGGGGGUUGAGAGGCACGGCAGAGGGCGGAGGGCUGGCGAGUAUAGCGGAGGGAGGGGGGGCGAGCAUGGGCGAGAGGGGAGCUGGUGGUGCAGGGCGUGGGGCGACGAGGUGUGAGGCAAGGACGCAAGGGGGAGCAGUGUGCGGGGUGCAGGGGGCGGGGAUGGUGUGCACUCUUCCCUGCUCCCUGAACUGCCCACAGCAGCACAUGCACCCCCCCAUGCGCCCCCACGGCCUCACACCCUGCCCAUCACUGGACCGCCUCAGUGCCUCAUGCUCUGUUACCCCAGCGUCACCCACUGCUGCUGCUGCGUGCAUGUCCGUGAGCCACCCCGCGCCGCAUGCCCCUGUUACCAGCUUCGUGAGCUCGUCUGCUGCUGCUGCGUGUGGCGCGGCGGCAUCAGGCGUGGCGCUGUCGGAGUCGGUGAUGGACACGCGGGCGGCUGCCUCCCACUCCCACGGGCAGGCCGGGGAUGAGGACGACGCCGAUGCAGUGCAGCAGCGCAACGCAGCAGGGAAUGGGUGCUCGGUGGAGAGAGGUGCAGAGUGGUGGAAGGGCAGCGAGGGCAAGAGAGUGCGGGAGUGGAGUGAGAAGUUGGGUGGGUGUGGCGAGGGGGUGGGGGGGCUGUCAUCGGGGGAGGCGGAGGGGGGAGUGGAGGAGGUGGAGGAGGUGGUGAUGGAGGAGGGCGCGGUGGAGGCGCACCUCAAGGGCGUGGCGUCGCACCUCACCCUGCUCUCCGCACAGCCGCACUGCCGACCCGCGCAGGCGGACCAGGGGGAAGGGGGUGCAGGCAGCAGGGAUGGGGCCGACAGGCGGGCGGCAGCAAUUCGAGGUGUGAUGGGCUGUCUGGGGGCGGGGGGCGGGGGAGUGCGGGGGUGUCCGUCGCUGCACCUCAACUACGCGGACAUCAUCAGCGCGUGGUCCGACCAGGGCCACGACGGCCAGUCGCCCUGGAUGGACGACCGCCCGCCCUCUCCUGCCACAUGCGCCCACCCCUCCGUGUACUCCGACCCCCAGCCACUGCAGGCGGCGAUGACCCCCCAGUCGGUGGUGAGCACGGGGCGGGAGGAGGGGCCAGAGGGCGAGGUGGGGGAGUCUGGUGUGCCGCGGGUGGCGUCCGUGCCGCAUGGGCUGGACCGCGCUGCCAGCGACCUGCUGCUGGAGGAGGGGCAGGCGGAGGGGCGUGAGGCGCGCGUGCUGCGCUACCGGGAGAAGCGGCGCAACCGGCUCUUCUCCAAGACCAUCCGCUACCAAGUGCGCAAAGUCAACGCCGACCGCCGCCCCCGCAUCAAGGGACGAUUUGUGAAACGAGACUUGUGAAUCCGCUGAAGGAUGUUGUCUGCCGGGUCAAAUAUGGAGUGGCUACAAAUGCUAUUGCUACUGAAUUGAAUUAUGUAGUAUGGUUUGUGCUUAGAUGUGCGAGUUACAUAAGCUUUGUUGUUAUUAAAGCUUUUAUUUGUUAUUGCCUUGUAGAUGGUAGAUGGGCCAUUUGUCAUGUUCCUGCACUGAAGUAGUUAUGGAGGCAGAUUGUACGGUGGUUGAACUGGUAAUCCUGUUGGUCGCAGCCAUGCCUCCACCCGCCGUGUGGUGAUUGCCGAGCAGGAUGAGAGGCAUGGAGCAGCCGCGGCAGCGUCAGUGCUUCAGCAUGCGGCGUCGGAGAUUGCGUCGGGGCGUCUCAGCUAGUUGAGAAAGCAGCCUUCCUCCCCAACAGUCCGCGCGUCUUUGAUCCAACGCUCUACCGUCACUGCGUCAUCGUCUUCGUUCCCGCCGUUGCAACCAUCUGUGCGCCGUUGCAACCAUCUGUGCGCCGUUGCAAUCAUCCAUACAUCGCGUCCCGCCCCCCUCGUCCCCCUCGUCCCCCUCGUCCCCCUCGUCCCUCGCGUCCCUCUCGCGUGGCGGCGGCAUGGCGGCGAGCGGCGGGGGGUUCAACAUGAGCGUGUGCGUGGCGGCGUGCGCGUCGCUGCAGCCGUGUCUCGACACUUGCUACGUCUACGACGGCUGGCGCGCCCCGCCCUCGCUAUCGCACGACGUCGCAUUCUCCAUCGCAGGCGGCGUGAGCGUGGUGGGCGCGGCAGUGGCGGCGUGCAUCAUGGCCAGCACGCUCGCGCUCGACCUGCCCUCGCUGCAGGUCAGCGUC